AUUUUGUGCCGGUCGCAUUGGCGUUUGGGCGUCCGUGAGGACCCUGUGGCGGCCAGAUUUGGCUGCGAGGCCGCAGGACUCAUUUUUUUGGUCACAGCACCGCAACGGUUGCCGCGCGUUCGGUUCUACGACGUGUUUGCACGCAUUCUGGUGAGGGCACCAAACUAGACAAAAAGGCGCCGCCGCCGCGCACCGGUGGCACAAAAAAUGGAGCGCUACGACUGCAAGAAGGUGGUGGGAAGGGGCACCUACGGAAGCGCGGUAGUAGCGACGCGCAAGGCCGAUGGACUGCGCUGCGUCAUCAAGACCAUCGGUCUAAGGUCCUUGUCUCGAGGCGAAGCGAAAUUAGUCCGACAAGAAGCGAGACUACUCGCUACCUUGAGGCACCCGCACAUCGUCUCGCACCUCGAGUCGUUUGGAAGGAGGAACUCGCACGGCGGACGAGAAGUGUGUAUUGUGAUGGAGUACUGCUCGGGCGGUGAUCUAGAACAGUGGGUUUCGAGACGAAGGCAACAACGCAAGAAGCCCUCGGAAGGCACAGCCCUCAGAAUCUUCGCGCAAGCCUGCAUGGCUUUAGAACAUGUACAUGCUCAUAGAGUGGUCCAUCGGGACGUCAAGACGUCGAACCUAUUCAUUACGAGGGAUGCGGAGGGGCCACCCGUCGUCAAGUUGGGGGACUUCGGCAUUUCGCGCGUGUUGGGCGCGACUGGGGAUUUAGCAGCGACCGCGGUCGGAACGCCUUGCUAUAUGGCUCCGGAAUUACUCGACGAAAGGCCCUACGACUACAAGGCCGACGUCUGGUCCGCGGGAUGCGUGUUGUUCGAGUUACUUAAUUUGAAGCGGGCGUUCGAGGCUCGGAGCAUGCCGGCUCUCGUUAGACUAGUGAUGAGGGGUCGAGGUGCGGGCUUUCCCUGUCUCGAUGCUACUUUUACGUCCGAAUUGCGACGGUUAUUUGCGAAACUACUGUCGCCGAAGCCUCGCGAUAGGCCGGACAUUGUCGAGAUUCUCAGAGCACCGAUCGUCGUCACGGCGUGCGACCGGGUGCGGGACGGGUAUUCUGGGGAGAGUUCACCUCCAUCACAACCGGUGGUUCCUGAGGAGGAGCUGCGCCAGCGGUUGAAAGUGCCCAAGCCGCCUUGUAGGCCGGCGCAGCCCGUCGCGCAAAAGCGCCGCCUCGACCUGCCUGCCGCGAAGCAACGGUUGGACUCCAAAUUCGACGACGCCAAGACACCAGCAAGGCCGCCGCCGCGCUUCGUCGCUCGAGCGAGGGCCGCCGAGGAGCGCGUCCUCGAACGGGCGAAGCGCGCGCGCGCUAUUAGGGGUCAUGGUCAGAGGCGCCUCGCGACGCUGGACGAGGAUGCCAAGCAAGCGCCCGUCGAAGACGACGCGUCGUCGUCCUCAUCAGAAUCAGAGGACGAGGCCUCCUCCUCGGACGAAGUGGAAGAGAAGCCGCAGCCGAAGAAGGAGCAGGCCGAGUACAAGGCGUUAGGUGGAGGCUGGUGGCUGAAGCGCGACGCGGCCUCGGACCGGUGGUUCUACGUCAACGAGGCCUCGGGCCACUCGCAGUGGGACCUGCCCGACGGCGUCUCUACCAAUGCGCCGCGCGCCGACGGCGUGGAUGCGGCGGCGGCGAAGCGCGUGCGCGACGCCGUGCGGGCGCGCGUCGCCGCGCGCGCCGGCGCCGCCGCGCGGCGCGCGCGCGGCCCGUCGCCCUCCGCGGCGCCCGCGGCCCCGGCGCCGCGCGCCACGCCACCGGCGCCCGCGCCGGCGCGCCGGCCUUCUCAACCGGCACCCGCGCCGGCGCCGGCGCGGCGCCCGUCGCCCCCUGCGCAAGCGGCCCCGGCGCGGCGCCCGUCGCCGCCCGCGCCCGCGCCGGUGCGGCGCUCGUCUUCGGCGCCCGAACCGCGCCAGUCGCCGCCGGAAGGAGCGGCGCGGCGCCCGUCGCCAGCACAAGCGCCGGCGCCGGCGCCAGCCGCGGCGUCGUGGCUCGGCUCCCUCGAGGCGCGCAUGGGCCGGCUCCGCGAGCAGCUCGGCGGCCUGCCCCGGCCGCCGCCGCCGGUGCAUCGCGUGGCCAUCCCCUUCGAGUCGCCGGAUACAUCAUCGGGCCCGGCGGCCGACGACGCGAGCGACGACGCGUCGCCCGCGCGCAAGGAGAACACGCCACCGCAACGGCCCGCGAAGGGCCCCGCGCUCGCCGCGGCGCACGUGCGCGAGCGCGCCAAGCUCAAGGCCGACGCGGCGUCGGCCGCUGCCAAAGCGGAAGCGGCGGCGGCCGCGCGCGAGGCGGCGCAGCCGUCCGCCGCCGAACGACGCGCCUCUGCCCGAGAAAAGUCGCGAGCCGAGUUCCGGGCCAAAAUAGCGGCGGACCGCCGCGGCCGGUCGCCCUCGAAGCGCGAUGAUAAAGUGGAGGUCCUCGCCGGCCCGAUUCCGCCGCUGUCGCCGGCGCGGCCGCCCGUCGUCGCGCCCGUCUCGCCGGGCACGACGGACGCCGAGGUCCAGGACCUCGUCGCCAAGCUGCGCGCGACGCUCGCGCGACGGAAGGACAAGGCGCCGUCCGACGACGACGUCGUGCGCGCGGUCCUCGCGGGGCGCGCGGACGCGUGGCCGCCGCCGCCGCGGCGCACCGGCGAAGAGUUCUUCGACGCCCGCUCGUGA